AUGGUGUCUUACCACAUCCGCCAGUACCGUCCUGGGGACUACGAGACCGUGAGGGACUUGUUUGCCACUGGGAUGAGCGAGUACGUGCCCACUCUGUGCAUCCACAUGCUGAAACAGCCGUGGGUCAUUCUGAUCCUGACUUGCACCUUCAGCGUUCUGCUCACCAGUUCCAAGUCGUUGCUCCUACCCAUCCUGGCUAUCACUCUGCUGCUAGCCAUGGGCCGGCAACUCCUGGGUUACAUCUGGUCCAUGUACAUUGACCACUGCCUGCAGAAGGACCUGCUGGACAUCCAGGCCACGUACCUUGGGGACAAAGGCUCAUGCUUUUGGGUGGCCGAAGUGGACGAGAGCGUGGUGGCCACGGUUGGGGCCAGACCCUCUGAAGAACACCGCAACGAGCUCAUGUUGAAACGGAUGUCCGUUCGGAAAGACUAUCGGGGAUUUGGCAUCGCCAAGGCCCUCUGCAAGACCGUGAUCUCCUUUGCCCGGGAGCACAGCUACUCCUCCGUGGUGCUGAACACUCUCAUGGUCCAGCACGAAGCCCGGGCAAUGUACGAAGGGGUUGGCUUCCGCAAGUAUCACCACUACAUCCUCCCCACUGUCUACGGCAGGCUGGCCAACUGUACGAUUUCCAAGUAUCGCUACGACAUUCCUAGCGCCGAGUGAG